AUGUCUGGAUACUCGGCACAGGACGGGCACCGGCUUUUGCCUCAUCACCCAGACUCGCCCAGUCAUAAUCCCAUGUGCACUCUCGUCGUAGCCUGUGAGAUCAACAAGAAGACGCACCCGAUAACGUGCCGAGAGGAGAACGUGCCCACUGCUCAAUGUUCUGCGAGUACACUCUCAUCGACCGUUGAUGGCGGGAUACUUCUGCGCUCGUUUAUGCCCAGACAGCCGAAAAGCCUGGUGAAUGACCGCUUCGAAGACAAAGGUCACGUCUCGAUCGAGUACGGAGCAAAAUGGCAGAAACUGCAACAUCUGGUCAUGUACGGCAUAUUACAGAUGCAUUCGACAACGUUUGAUGCGCUCGAAAACACUGCGCGAACGGUGGGAAGCAGAAAAGAGGCGUAUGUAGGGAUCCAGAUGAUCGCUGUCGGGGACAUUUUCCAGCUGCCUCCUGGAUCUGCGGAUGUUGCGGCUCCAGACUACGCCUUCAUCCAUACUCCAUGGAGUGCCACUUUUUCCGGCCAACUGGAUGGAGAUUUCUCAGGGGACUCUUGCAAACCAAGUUGGCUCGCAGAACUUGUCGGCAUGCUGAAUCAGACCCGAACAGAAAAGCUGCCUGCAAAGGGCAAGAGCUGUGCAGGAUUGUUGGGUUGUCCUAUACCGACGACGUACGUGGAGAUGUGUUGA